GUGGAUUAGGCAUUGCUGGAUGUGAUGGCUGAUUCGCUAGAUGUUCCACUUUCCUUCCUAUCCCCAAAAACCUAAUCCAUUUCUGAGCACCAGCUCCAGCUCCAAUCUUCAGUACUUGGGUGGCCAACUACUCAUUGUAAAAUUGCCCAGCAGACACAGUCCAUGUCACCAUAGACAACCCAAACAGAAAUUCCUUCCAAUGUGGAAUUGCAGACACAAUGAGUCACAAACCCACCAACACUUGGAUGAUCAAUAAUCAAAACCUGAGGAGCCCAACCUCUGAUGAUCAGUCCCUUGCCUUCCAUCCUCUCUUUAAAUCCUACAGGCAACUACUCAUCUUUGCCUUUCCUCACCACGCAAAAGAAGUCCUGCCCAGCAGCUUCUAGAGUCAUUUCAAUCUCCUUGUGCUGAGUGGAAUUGAAUUUGGCCACACUCUCGAAACAGACAUACACAACUGAAUCUGGUUUCUUCGAAUCAAGCCAUUUCAAACACUCAUGCUCAUCAAUUGAGGCUUCUUUUCCUCUCUGCACUCUCUCUUCAGUUUCUCUAUGCAGGGGACAUUGGAGCUCUGUGUGUAUGACUCAUGAUUUCCCUCCGUCAUUUCCUUCUCCUUUUUAGAUUUGGUUUUGUAUUCUUAUAAAUGCAUAGUACGACAAUAUAGCAAUGUAGUAGGCACUUUCUUUCAGACAUUUUAUGACAUCAGUUCCCAGUUGUGAAUUCCAUGGAAAAUUUUCAAUAUCUGAGCAGUUCAGUUUAAUAUCAUGGGUGAUUUGCUAGAUGAUCUAUAAAAUCUAUAUCUUGGCGUGAUCACGCCAAUUUGUAGCACUGUUUCUAUCAAAACCUAUGCUAGUGUUAGUUAUUAGUAUUAUACAACAGCAGUAACAUGUCCUCUGGUAAUUAGUAUUUUUGUAUAGUAUGAUAGAAAUGAGAAGAUUCCAUUAAACUAUCACUCUUAACAUUUUCAAGGAGACUUGGAAGAUGUCGUUAAGAUAGGGAGAGAUUAUAAUAUGUGGUAGGUGGGUUAAUAUUUCUCACCAUGAAAGAGCGAGGAAGUUGCUUGCUCAAGCUUUUUUCUUUAAAGCUUUGGCUGGUUAAGCCUCAAGUUCCCUUUAGACCAAAAAGAAAAAAACAAAAACAUCAAGUCACCCAAUCUCCCGUAGAGUCAAUCCGCGUUUGCUUGCUUAAGUUUUAAGUCUCUAUCUGGGAUUCAAUGUUGAAGUCAUUCAGAAAUCUAUGGAGCUUCCUCAAUCCCCAAUGAAUUAUUACUGUAUAUUAUCAUAGUGCCAAAUUCCAGAGGCACUGAGUUGGUGAGUCGCAGACCAACAUUUUGUUCUUUUCUGAUUAGAGAAGAACAUCUAAUAUUCUUGCCUGUUUUGCGUGAUCAACAACUAACCAAGAAAAAAGAAUAGUUUUGAUUGCUUUUUUGGGUCUCAUGUUUAUUGUUUACAUGGGUUCCAAAUGAAAUUCAUGAUAUUGGAUUCCAAAUUUUAGUGGUCUCAGUUUUUCUAAUCAUAUCUGCCCUCUUUGUGUUAUAAUAUUGAUCUGAUAUUGGUGUUAGGAAUGGUCAAUCCAGUGGAUAAACUUUUCGAUGAGCUGUACAUUGUCUUUAAAGACCUCAUCAAGAAGAAUAUUGAAUUUAAAGGGAAACUUGAAGGCAUCGAAGCCAAGCUAGAAGCUCUAAAGCCGGUGAUCCGAGACAUGGUGCAGAAUAAUGAGGUAUUAGAUCGCUCAAGGAAGGAACUAACAGGUUUAACUGGAGUUAUGGAGUCUGGCAUUAAGCUCAUUGGCAAGUGCUCAAAGUUUCGGGUGUGGAAGGUCUUCAAGAAGUACAAAUACGCCAACGAACUUAUUGAAUGGGAGAAAAGUCUAGAAAGUGAGUUAGUUAUACUGAACGUGCAGACCGGCAGGGAUGUGAAGGACAUUGCAAGAGAGGUGAAGGAGAAUGCAGGGGUUGCAAAGGAGACUGCAGAUAGGUUGAAGAAUGUGGAGACUUUGGUAGAGACUAUAGAGGAGAAAUUGGACCGAAUUGUGAUACAAAAUCAACCUGGGGAACCUAAAGCCUGGAUGAGUACUGAAGUACCUGAGCUUCCACGUUUGACAGUGGGACUGGACAAGCAUUUGAAGGAAUUGAAGAUGAAGCUUCUUAAGGAUGGCGGGUCAAUGCUUGUAAUAACAGCUCCUGGAGGGUCUGGCAAAACCACUUUGGCUAAAAUGUUUUAUCAUGAUCAUGAGGUCAAAGAUAAAUUCACCAAGAACAUCUUUGUUACUGUUUCAACAAAGUCCAACUACAUUGUUGUGCAAGAACUAUGUCAAAAGUUGGGUUCCCAGGAAUCGACAUUCCCAAAUGAAGAUGGUCCAUUCAGCUGGCUGAAGGAAUUUCUGAAGGAAACCUCACAAAUUCCUUUGCUUCUCAUCCUGGAUGAUGUUUGGUCUAAAUCAGAAUCCCUUCUUGAGAAGUUUAAUGAACUGAGUAUACAAUCAAAUUUCAGUAUCUUGGUGACAUCAAGAUCUUCAUUUCCAAGUUUUGGUUCUCAAUAUCCUUUAAAUGCAUUGACUCACAAAGAUGCGAUGACUCUUUUUCGGCAUUCAGCAAUCCGGGGAGAUAAGAGCUAUAAUGUUCCAGAAAAUCUUCAGGACAAGAUAGUAAGGCGUUGUAAGGGAUGUCCACUUGCUAUUGAAGUGGUCGGAAAAUCUCUCUGUGGAAAAUUUACAGAAUCAUGGCUUAAAAAACUAAGCGACUGGUCCAAAGGUGCUUCUAUUUUUGAUACCGAGACUGAAGUGCUUCUUUGCCUCAAAAGUAGCUUAGACGCCUUGGAUGAAAAAGAUCAAACUAUCAAGAAAUGCUUUUUGGACCUGGGUGCAUUUCCUGAAGAUCAAAGAAUCCCAGCUGUUGCUCUGAUUGAUAUGUGGGCAGAGUUAUACGGCCUAGAUGAAGAUUUUCUUUCCAUUCAAUACCUCCAGGAGCUUUCCAGCCGAAGCCUGGCUAAUCUUGUAGUCACAAGGAAGGAAAAGAUGGAGGCGGAUGGAUACUACAGUGAACACUUUGUCUCCCAGCAUGAUGUGCUCAGGGAUCUAGCUAUCUUCCAAGCGAAAUUAGAUCCAAAUAAAACGAGGCUGAUUUUAGACAAAUGUGGAGACAAAGUACCUAAGAAGUUGACAGAACAGAAUCAAUCCUUUCAGACUCGCAUAUUAUCCAUCUCCUCUGAUGGAGUCUUCUCAACAGACAUGCACAAGAUUCAACUUUCAGAUGUUGAGGUUCUAGUUUUGAAUUUUCAGUCAGAGAACCAUGCUUUACCCAAAUUUGUGGGGGACAUGAAAAACUUGAAGGUCCUAAUAGUCACAAAUAAUGGUUCCUUGCCAGCUGAAUUGAGUAACUUUCAACUACUGGAUUCCUUGCCAAAUCUGAAGAGAAUCAGACUAGAGCGAAUUUCAAUUCCUUCCAUAACCAAGAAUUGCAUACAGUUGAAGAGUGUAAAGAAGAUCUCUUUAUUCAUGUGUAGUGUUCAAUUUGUUCGUCUAGACUUGAAAUGA